ACAACUGUGUGGGUCGCUGAACUACAACUUUAACUACAUUAUAAGCAGUAUCCAAAUUUGACAGGUUCAGAUGAAGUGGUUAUUGAUCUAGACCUGACCUGAUAUGGUCUAGAUGGGAAACCUUGCAUUUUCUACUACAUAGUGCUACAAUGCCUCUGUCCACCCAGUCUCAGGCUGACGAUGAACAAUACGUUUUAGUUGCCAGUUUGGACCAUGCUCGCAACCUCUCCAACAUACUGAAAGCAAUCGCCUUCAAAGACCAUGCCAUCUUCAGCGCCACACCCAAUGGCCUGAAGGUCACUGUGGAGGACUCCAAGUGUCUGCAAGCCAAUGCAUUCAUCCAGGCUGAGAUCUUCCAAGAGUUCACCAUAAAGGAAGAUUUGGUUGGUUUUCAGGUCAACCUCACUGUUCUGUUGGACUGCCUAAAUAUUUUUGGAGGAAGCACAGCACCAGGGGUGUCAACGGCCUUGCGCAUGUGCUACAAGGGGUACGGUUACCCUCUGACCUUGUUCCUGGAGGAGGGUGGCGUGGUGACUGUUUGCAAGAUCAACACACAAGAACCUGAAGAGCCAGUUGACUUUGAAUUCUGCAGCACCAACGUCACAAACAAGGUGAUCCUGCAGUCAGAGAGUCUGAAAGAACCCUUCUCUGAACUGGAUAUGACCAGCGAGGUGCUACAGAUCACCAUGUCCCCUAGCCAGCCAUACUUUAGGUUAUCCACGUUUGGGAACUCUGGAAAUGCUCAUUAUGAUUAUCCCAAAGACUCAGACAUGAUGGAGCUGUUUCGGUGCACCAAGACACAAACCAACAGGUACAAGAUGUCCCUGCUGAAGCCAUCCACCAAAGCCCUGGCAUUGUCCUGUAAAGUCUCUGUGAGGACAGACAGCAGGGGCUUCCUCUCUCUGCAGUACCUGGUCAGGAACGACGAUGGACAGAUCUGCUUUGUAGAAUAUUAUUGUUGUCCUGACGAGGAGGUGGAGUGAUUACAGUGCAUUCAUUAAAUUCCCCUUUACAUACGCACCUUAACUUCAGGAGUGGCCAGUAGCUUUGACUGAGUGCAAGGAUGAGAGGACAAAGUCUGCCAGAGGAGGCAGUACAGUCAGUGCAGUGCACACAGGAAAAAAAUACAGGACUUAUAGUGGGCAUAAUGGAUAAUGGACAUAGCGAGAAAGGUUGUUUUAAAAAAAGAACUGGUUCCUCAUUUUCCAAAUACUCACAUUUGAGUGGACCAUUGCCUCUGGACUUAUGGAAAGAUAAUGUCACCUACCUGGUCUUGUAUACCUGUGUGUAGUCUGACCACUAUCAUACUGAGUUCAUGAUUUCAUAGAUUUGGAAAAUUAUUUGUAUGUAGUUACUGUAUGUUGUUUGUUACUAUGGAGACCUAGCUAUUUUGAGUCCAAAGCCCCUCAACAUAAGAACACUGCCUGUAAGUGAUGAGUCUGCAUGGCUUGUAGUCCAGGAUUUGUCUGCAUACAGAACAUAUCUCAUAUCAUCUUUCUGGAGCAGAUAUGGCACACUGGCACUAUUUUCUCCUGGUGUGUGAGCUCUGCACA